CGACUCCAAAAAGGAGCUGGUUUUACGCGUGAAGCUUGUCUGUAGGAAUUAGGCGUCUUUUCCCCACCACAUUAUUUCCCCUCAUAGUGGCGGUGGGAGCUGGUAAGGUGGUUUAACUUCAGCUCAAGGCUCCGUGAAGCGCAGAGCACUGAUGACGUUUGGGUUGGAUGACCAAUCGGAAGGCGCUGCCCUUUGGAGACAAACCAUUCUACUUGUAGUGUCUGCAUCAAGUCUGGAAGCAAAGGCUCAAUUUUAACAGAAUCCACCUUAAAAUCUCUCCCUUAACUUAUGCCUACCUUCCGCCACUUUGAGUGAGAAUAUCACGGGAACAAGGGGGGGAAAUAAAGACGCGCGUGGAAAAACCCGGGUGUUAAUAGGACAAUAUCUUUUUCGCGGUGGAGAGGGGAGAGAGAGAGAGAGACAACAACACAGCGCGAGGGAGAGAGAGAGAAAAACCGAUUUGGUCUUGGGAGAGAGGGGGGUGAGUGCUCUCAAGGCAGAAAAUUCGAUGAUGACCAUGACUACGAUGGCUGACGGUCUGGACGCUCAGGACUCGACCAAGUCUGCUUUCAUGGAGUUUGGGCAGCAGUCGCAGUCACAGCAGAGCUCCCCGUCGAUGGCCAGCGGCCACUACCCGCUGCACUGUCUCCACUCCGGCUCACACGCUCACCACCAGCACGACAACACGUCGUACCCCGGGACCAACACCUACAACAGGUCGUUACCGUACCCAUAUGUGAGCCACGCGCACCACAGCCCGUACCUGCCAUCGUAUCACAACAACACGGGAGGACAGACAAGGUUAGACGGCACAGAGCAGCAGAAAACGACAGUGAUCGAGAAUGGGGAGAUUCGUUUUAACGGCAAAGGCAAGAAGAUCCGCAAACCUCGGACAAUUUACUCCAGUUUGCAGCUUCAAGCACUGAACCACCGUUUCCAGCAAACACAGUACCUCGCUUUACCGGAGCGCGCCGAGCUGGCUGCCUCUCUGGGACUAACACAAACACAGGUAAAGAUUUGGUUCCAGAAUAAGAGGUCGAAGUUCAAGAAGCUGCUCAAGCAAGGCGGCAACCCGCACGAGAGUGAACCAAUCCCGGGCUCCAUGUCCCUGUCCCCGCGCUCCCCUACCAUCCCUCCAAUCUGGGACGUCUCGGCCUCUUCCAAAGGAGUAAACAUGCCGAGCAACAGCUACAUGCCCGGCUACUCUCACUGGUAUUCGUCCCCGCACCAAGACUCCAUGCAGAGAUAGACUGAUGAGAGGCAAGAGAGAGCGAGAGAGAGAGAGAGGGGUCGGUGAGCUGUCCGGAGGCCUCCGCAAAUCUCCGCCGUGCAGUUUCCAAUGUCGCCUGAAAUGAGCUGUCAGCGAGAGGCUGGACGCUGGAGAGGAGGCCGGAGGAGGAAGAGGAGGAGGAGGAGGAGAAGAAGAAGAAGAAGAAGAAGAAGCUUCUCAGCAUCUCUGCUGCUGCGGGAUAGAAGCACAGCCAAGCCUCGGUGUGGUGACACAAACAAACAAGGGGAACUAACUUUUUUUGUUUUGUUUUCUCUAGCGUAACAUGGCUGUUCAGUGGGCUCGCAUAUUUGUUAUGCUUUCAUUCAUGUCAACAUCUGAACGUCAAUAUACCAAAUAUUACCAGUGACAUUUUUUUAGCCACUUUGGACAAAAGGCUGCCCACACACUGACCAUGCGCUGUGGCGCACACGCAGAACAUUUGCCAUGUAUGAAGGACUCCUGACUGCUUUUCCUUCUUUUUCUUAUUUUUUUCCUCCUUUCUUUUUUUUCCUCCAAAAUGCAAAACCCAAGCAACUUGUCUGUCUGUAAAUAUAAUCUGCGGUUUUAGUUGUACAUACACUUUUUAUGUUUUGUCAAGAGUAAACCGUGACUCAAAACA